AUCGCGCGGAAGUCGUCGUCGUCGUCGUCGUGGUUAUUGUCGUUCUGGAUUACUGUGGAUAUCAAAUUCGGCCCUUGCCAUUGCUUUUUGUGGAUUUUUGUUUGAGUGAAUCGCUGUAACCCGAGGCUCCUUGUUGGCCGGCCAAUUUAACAAAGUGCCAAACAUAUAAAUACACCACAAGAAGUGGAAAAAUAAUCUUCAGCGAUUUUGGAUGUGGAAGCUCGUCUUUUAAAAUGUUUAGAGCCUAAAGAAUAAUCCAGAGAGAAGGAAAAUAUUGAUAAAAAUGAAUUACAACAUGGAUGAGCUGGAGGCCACCAGGUUGCUGCGGCACCCUCGACGUUGGUGGAGCAUUGCUUUCAGCAAACGAAUCGUGGCCAUCUCGGUUCUGGUUAUCAUCGUCCUGCUCUUUUCCCUAAUAUAUCAUGGCCUUGUGGUGGAGAGAAUGGACCGCGUUCAGCAGAUUGCCGCAUUGAAUGCCAGGCACGAAGUACUUUUCAACCAGCCCUUCGAAGAGGACCAGUCUGCUCUUAUCAUGAGUCCGCAAACUUUGCACUUCAAAUUGCUCGACGAACAUAUGAAUAAUGAAUUGGAAGACAGCAAAAAUAAAAGAAAAAAGCACUUGAAGCGCAUGCUGGUCAAGUUCCGAUUGAACAAGAAACACCGUUCGCGCCGUGGGCUGCCUGGCUUGGACUUGUUAGAUCCUGUCCAUAUGGAGGCCAAACUGCAUCAUCUGUACUCCAAGCUGAGGAGCAAAAGGGCUCGAGAGGCUCUAACCCAGCUGGAGCACGAGUUUGUGCGUUGCAAAAAGCAGACUCCGGAGGAUUGCAUGUCCGCCUUCCUGCGCAUGUACAAAGUGGCCAGGGAGGUGACCGAGAAAAUGGAGAAGAUGAAGGCCAUUAUGCGGGAGCAGCAGCCGAAAUUAGAGUCAAUGAGCCUGGAGUCUUAUGAGCGGAGUGGUACCUUUGCUCCCGGAGAUCUUAUUCAGGAGACAACGGCAGCCGCGACCACGGCAGUGGGAAAUGCCACUGAAAAGCCCCCGAGGACCAAGAUUAAACCUUCUAGGUUCAGCUGGAUAAUCGAUGGACACGAUCAUGAUGAGAACCCCGUUUAUACACACGAUGCCCCUAAAAAAGAAACAACCAGGGAGCCGGUGAACACCACUCAAUUGGUUGAGGAAUCGAGGACACAAGUUGUAGUGGAAACCAGCACAGAAAGGUUGGGCGUGGAGAGCACAACGGAGAGGAUAAGCUGGAUUCUGGAUCACUUUGAAAAGCCCCAGGAGAUUGUGCACACAACCGAGGGACCAAGUCAGCGAACCAUUCGAAAUAUAACCACCACAUCAGCAACUUCCAUAAAAUCAGAUCCUGUUACAGAAGCGGAAUCCUCUGAAGAUGAUACGUUAUUGGAUAUAACAACCGAUGGGCCAAUCGGCACCAGCAACUCGACCGUCCAGCGAAAACUUUCUUUCGAUUGGAUUAUCGAUGGAGAAGAUGAUGGCGAGCCGGAAGUUAAGUCCAACAAAACGACGACCACCACUGCUACUGUUAGCACUAGCACCACUGAAGCCACCAUUGCCACCACAGAGCAGCCUAAAAUAGAGUUCGAAUGGAUCAUUGAUGGUAGGGAAGUCGUGGAGCCUCAGGGAAAUGUGAAUACCACCUUGCCACACACCACCACUGAAGCCUCGGGAACCACCGCAGGCCAGCGAAAGAUGCAGUUUGAUUGGAUAAUUGACGGGGAGGAAGUUGUGGAGACGCAGGUAAACUCCACCAUCACAACCUUAAUCGCAACAACACUGCCAAUCAGCACAACAGAAGCCAACGAGAGGCUUCACAACUCCACUAGCCAUCCCACCAAGCCUAAGCCAGUAAAGUUCGACUGGAUCAUCGAUGGCGGAGAACCCAGCGCUGAGGUUAGCAGUAGUUCCACAAGUCAACCCAAGUUGACCACCAGGGAGGCUGUAAGCGACACUGCAUCCCCACGAUCCCUGCACCCACUGGACGAUCCCAGCAGUAUCGAGAACAUGCUGGAGAGCUUCGAGCGAAACGAAGAGGAAAAGCCCAUACUCAGGGUGAUAAAUGCCAACGAAUCCUCCGCGGAGGACUCUACAGAUGUCUAUGCACGUGAGCUGUGGCUAAAAAAGUUUGAGGACCAGGCUAAGGCCAAUCAAAACGAGCUGAUAGAUACCUUUGGAACGGCUUUGGAUGCCAAGGUCCUGGACAAAAUGGGACCAAAGGUCAAUCCGCUCAAUGGACACAACUGGAAUGCUGCCGAUGCCCAGAUUCUUAGCCUGUGCGAGCAAGUGGCCCUGAAGAUGCGGAACAAAGUGGCACCCAUGGCAGAGGCUGAGACCAAGGAGAAGGGCGAAACCUUCACUGCUUCGCCCAGUGUUCAGUUCACAAGCCGAGCUCCCGGGGGAUUUCCCGUCUCCGGUGAAACUAUGAAGGCCUCGGCCCAGUUUAUGUUUAAUCCGAACUUCGGAAUGCCCAGCAUCCCCGUCUGCUUCUACAUGACGCCCGCCAACUUCCGCAUGCCCAUGUGGUCCAACACGCCGACAUUUAUGGGCAUGCAGGGAGCUCACUUCGGAGGCUCCUCGAAUCCUGGCGGUGGCAUUUUCUUUGUACCGCAGCAGUUCGGACCGAGCGGUAACUUUUUCGGCGGUAGUGGCGGAUCCGGAUCCGGUGGCCAAGGUGCGAAUAUCUUCUCGAAGAAUGCCUCGCCACAGAAAACGUCAAGUGGGCAGCAGCAGCCCGUCUACUGCAGCUACAUGCAGAAUCAAGCGGGACCGGGAUCGGGACAUUCUCAGACUUCCGGUCAGCAGCAGCAGGGUGGUCAGACGACCUUCUCCAAUGCCAAUUUCAAGAUGCGGCACGCCAAUCAGUCAAGUUCCGGCCAACAUCAGGGGCAAAUCAUCUACGCCAGCUACGCGGGAUUGCCACAGCAAGCGAUCCAGGAGCGAUUCAGAUGCCCAGAACCGGAUCAGGUGGCCUGCUUUGGUCAAAAAGAGUGCAUCGCCACCUCGAGAUGGUGCGACAAUGUGGUGGACUGUUCGGAUGGCAGUGAUGAGUCCGCCUGCACAUGUGCGGAUCGCGUGGAUGAAGAACGCCUCUGCGAUGGCUAUGCGGACUGUCCCAUGGGAGAGGACGAGAUGGGCUGCUUUGGCUGUGAACCGCUGUCGUACUCCUGCUACGAGUAUCCGGAGGAGUUCGCCAGACACAAUCGCUCUACGAUUUCCAUGUGCUAUAAUCGGCUGGAGCGCUGUGAUGGCUUCAUGAACUGCCUGAAUGGACGCGAUGAGGAGCAAUGUAGCAUGUUGGUCACAGAUGUGUCGGAUCAUAUGUCCCAUGCUGCCUCUGCCUCUGAGGGUUAUUUAUACCACAACUACCGCGGGGAUUGGCACCCUGUGUGCAACAAUGGUGAGAAGUGGGCUGCUUCAGCCUGCGAGUUGGACGGGAAGAGUAAGACGGACUUGCCAGCUUCCUUGAAUGUCAGCUUUCGGCUCCUUACUCUGCCAGGUCCCUUUAUUGAGCCCUCUCUGCACGCCGGAGUCCAUUUCGCUCAGGCCUGUCAUGGUCGCAAUGGCCACGAUUCCCUGGUGGAUCAUGUGGCCUAUGUCAAGUGCCCACCGAUGCAGUGCGGCGUGCCCACCAAAAACUCGAAAACAGAGCACUCUAAGAAAGUGAAGAGAGCUGCGGCGCAGUCGAAGGAAAUCGUUGGGGAUGGACGAAUUGUGGGUGGAAGUUACACGAGUGCCCUCCGCUGGCCAUUUGUGGUGGCUAUCUAUCGGGAUGGGAAAUUUCACUGUGGUGGGACCAUUUAUUCUGAACGUUGGAUCAUAAGUGCUGCCCAUUGCGUCAUAAACUUUUGGAAGUACUACUACGAGGUGCGUGCUGGUGUCCUGCGGCGCACUAGUUACUCACCCGCCACCCAAAUUCAGCCCGUAUCUCAUGUGGUGGUACACCAGGCCUACGAAAGGAGGAGCAUGCGGAACGAUCUCUCCUUGCUCCGCCUGGUUAACCCGUUGCAAUUUAAUCGCUGGGUGAAGCCCAUUUGUUUGCCCGACCAGGGAAGGACAACGUUAGGGGACGAUUGGAUAUGGGGGCCUGAGGAAAACACUUUGUGCACGGUGGUUGGAUGGGGCGCCAUUCGAGAGAAGGGUCCGAGCAGCGAUCCUAUGCGAGAGGUUAUAGUGCCCAUAAGGAAACGAUGCACUGACCCAGAGGAUCAGGCUUCGGAGGACAUUUGCGCCGGCGAUCCGAACGGAGGUCGCGAUGCCUGCCAAGGGGAUUCGGGUGGCCCGCUGUUCUGCCGCAGCAUAUCUCAGUCGGAGGAGUUCUACCUGGCCGGGGUUGUGAGUCACGGCAACGGUUGUGCACGUCCUAAGGAGUUUGGCGUCUACACGCGGGUGACUCUGUACCUGGACUGGCUGGAACUGGCCGUCACCCCGCACCUGUUGCCCACCCGUCAGCCACUCCAAAUCUGUCCCGGAUUCAUUUGCGUCUGGGGCGGUAAAAGGUGUAUAGCUAAGCGCCAGCGCUGCGAUCGUAAUGUUGAUUGUCUGGGCGGUGAAGAUGAAGUCGGAUGUGCCUACAACUUUAUUCCAGAUAUGUUGGGAAGCGUACGACAGAAUGUGAGCAGUACAACGGAGAGUGACUACCAUCCUGAGGAGAGUAAGAUGCGGGAGGUGAUUCCUAUUGAAGAUGAUGAUUUGAAGGCGGAUGAAGAUGGGGAAACCACCCAAUGGCAAAUGGAUGUGUCCUUUACUGAAGAGAUUACCUCGACUACAUCAGGUGACUUGCCAACAACAGAGGAGACGACGGCUCAAAGUUCUAUAGGGCUUGUUUCAACCAAAAAUCCUACGACUAUAAUAGUAUCCACAGAUGCACAAACAACUUUGCCAUCUACAACAAUCGAAACAACACCGUCAAAUGUUGAAUCUAAAACGCAAUCAACAUUGCCAACUACUGAUGCUCCAACGACAACAAUACCCACAUCCAUUGAGGACUUUAUGAAGUUCACCGACUUGGAUACUCAGUUUAUAGAGAGUACUACUAAUGGAGUCACGAAGGAGAUGGCGACGACUACUGAAUCUUUGAUCACAACGAUAGCCCCCAGCACAGUAACUACGGAGGGAAUAAAAGACACUACAACCACGAGGGACACCUCAACUACGUGGGACCCUGCAACCACAAAGGACAUUACAACCACAAAGGAAACUACAACCACAAUAGACUCUACAACCACAAAGGACACUACAACCACAGAACACACUACAACCACAGAGCUCACCACAUUAAAUAGUGUCAGCGCCACCACACCUCAAACCACAAUACCAACUACCAUUCUAUCUACUGAAAAGGCCUUAGAAACCCCCGCAACCACAUUGGCACCAACAACCACUACAAAAUCAGCUAAGACAACCACAACGAAGAGCAGCAGCUCCCAUUCGCAAAGAGAUAAAAUACAAAUUCCCAAUAAGUUCGUUUGCAAAAAAAUGUCUCAAAUUGUUGAUAUUAUGAUGCGCUGUGAUCGCAAAGUGGACUGUGAAGAUGGAACUGAUGAGCUGGACUGCACAUGCAGGGACUAUUUGAAGGGUUCUUUGGGGAGUCUCGUUUGCGAUGGCAAAGCGGAUUGCGAAGACCUCACAGAUGAACAAAACUGCCUGGACUGCCAAGCAAACGAGUUCCGAUGCCCCCUUUCCAAGACUUGUCUGCCCUUAAGCAAACGCUGCGACAAUACAGUAGAUUGCAAGUUCAAGGAAGAUGAAAAGGACUGCUUUGCCUUGACCAAUGGCCAUGAUGUGCACUUCGACGUUCAUCAGCAGCCCAAAUUCAGCAGUGCCGGAAUCUUCUCCAGAAAUGCUCAUGGAGUGUGGCGCGUUGUAUGUGCCCAUGAGACGGGUUACCACGAGCACCAGGUUAAUACUGCGAAUGCGGUGUGUGCCCUCGUCGGCUUCAAGGGGGCCCACUACUUCAAUAGCUCGGAGUUCGUAAGCCAGCAGGAAAUGCAUCCCAUAACGCCAGAGUUAAAGGCAGGCAGCCACCGCAUGGUGGCUCAACUUCGUUCCAUGGUCGGUGACAAUAUCCAGCUGACAGAUAACGAGGUUAUAAUCCCCGAGCUUGGUGUACCAACCGCCUCGAGGCCAGAGAAAGAUCGCCUUUUGCCCCGCAAGUGUGUGGGCAUCUACGUGGAGUGCAAUCUCCUUUCCAAUAAAACCACACCUCUAAAAACCUUUAGUGCUGGUCAGGCUGUUAAGGAAACGCCAAUGGAGCAGGUUCCCCUACUGCAGCCCACUAUCGAGACCCACAACACGCCGAAUGUGCACUUUAAGCCGCAAAUUCCUGCGGUUGUGGUAAAUAAAAAGGAUGAGAUCCUAGACCGCCUAGAUAAUCUCAUUAAGAGUAAGAAGAAUAAAACCAUACUGGUGAAUGAGCAGCUCCACGAAGCCAUUGAGGAGCUGCACUGGCCCUGGCUGGCAGAUGUCUAUUCGAAUGGUGAUCUCUGGUGCAUUGGGGUGCUAAUUGACAAGCAUUGGGUGUUGGUCCACGAAAGCUGUCUAUUUGGCAUUGACUUGGAGACACACUUCGUCAGCGUUCUAGUGGGCGGUGGCAAAACAAAACGAUCUGUUCACAAGAGCAAUCACGAGCAGAUCCGCCGGGUGAACUGCUUUGAGGCGGUUCCAAAAUCCAAUGUAUUGCUGCUGCAUCUGGAGCAUCCUGUGCGAUUCACCCACCAUGUGCUGCCCACAUUCCUGCCAGACAGUUCUCAUCAAAACCACGGCGCUGCGAGGGACUGCAUCAGCGUGCUUCAUGACGAUGCCACAGGACGCGUCAAAACGGUGGCCAUCACCCGGAUGGACAAUGUAACCAACUGCGAUUCCUGCUACAAGCUGCAGGAAAAGCAGCCACCGGCGAACCUCAUGCGCCUGCUGAACGUGAGUGCCGAGGAUAUGGCCUCCAUUUCGGAGGAGGUGGAACUCAUUAAUGGCGUGGCCCCCACAGAGCUGCCGGCCAUAACCAAAUUCACCAGCUGCAACCAGUUUGGUCUGAAGAACGCCAGCGAUUCACAUCACAACCCCAGCGAUCAGGGGGUGCUGGUCUGUCGCGACUCGCACAGCGGCUGGUACCCCACGGCCAUGUUUAGCUACAACAAUUCCGAUUGCCAAAGUUUUAAGCAGCCAUUUGGCAUCAGAACGUUGGAACUGGCCUAUAAACCGCUGCAGGACAUUAUAGACAAGCCCAGCUGCAAAAUGCUCCAGCCAGCCCCGGAAUGCAACACCCAUCGCUGCCCCCUGGGCACUUGUCUGCCACAAACUGCGAUUUGCAACGACCGAUUCGACUGUCAUGAUGGCAGUGAUGAAGACGAGGCCAAAUGUCGACAGCUGAAGCAGCGGUGUGCCCCCGGCGAGAUGAAGUGUCGCACCAGCUUCAAAUGUGUGCCGAAGAGCAAGUUCUGUGACCACGUGCCUGACUGCGAGGACAUGACGGAUGAGCCCACAAUCUGCAGUUGCUUCACUUAUCUGCAAGCCACUGAUCCCUCAAAGAUAUGCGAUGGCAAGCGAAACUGUUGGGAUAAAAGUGACGAGAGCUCAGUCCUGUGCAAUUGCACUGCCGAUCAUUUUCAAUGCAGUUCUUCGCCUGGGGAGUGCAUUCCUCGUGAUUUCGUGUGCGACAAAGAGAAGGAUUGUCCCAAUGGCGAAGAUGAGCGAUACUGCUUUGGUAUAGAACACCCUCUUCAUCAGCAAAAGAAGGACUUCUGGGCCAGCAGUCAGCACACGCAACCAGAGACAGCUCCUCAGUACGGUCAGGUGAUAGAACAAACCUAUGGCAUCUGGCACACGAAAUGCUUUCCUAAAAGCAAACCCCUGCAGGUCGAUGAAGUGCGCGAGAUAUGCAAAAAGCUGGGAUAUAACCCCUAUAGACAGCCUAGCUAUCGGUUGAUAGACGAUGAGGAGAACAAAGCUGUGCAUACUUUUGAGUUGGCGGAUCGGCAGGGUCGCAGUUUUAGCAAUGAGUCGCUGACGGGGAAGUACCGGGACUCAACCAAGGCGUUAAUCAUCAGCAAAUUCUCGCCUCUGCAACUGAACGAGCGGCUCACGCUUUUCCUCAAGUCCAGCAGACCAAUUGCCGAGUUGGUCAAGUGGAAUGCCACCGAUUCCAGCUUGUGCUACAGAUUGGAGAUCAGAUGUGCCUAAAACUAGACGAUAUACUACGUAAGUCGUCCACCCCUUCGUACUCUCGUCGCUAUCCGUUUGUGCGUUUUAGUAGCAAAUAAAUGCGAGAGCUGUACUCGUUUUAUCAAUAA